GAACGUGAAGGAGUUGCAGCAGUUCCUAGGCUUCGCUAAUUACUACAACAGGUUCGUGCCACAAUAUGCGAAAAUCGCAGCACCACUCACGAAUCUGCUGAAGAAGAACACGCCCUACAAAUGGGAACCAAAGCACCAGGAAGCCGUGGAGCAGCUGAAACAAGCACUAACAUCCGCACCGGUGCUCAUCUUGCCAGAUCCCGAACGUGACUACGUCAUUGAAGCAGACGCCAGUGAUCAGGCCGUGGGAGCAGUCUUGAUGCAAGACCAAGGGAAUGGACUGCAACCCAUUGCCUACCUCAGCAAGAAACUGCACGGAGCAGAACUCAACUACCCGAUACACGACAAAGAGGCCCUUGCUAUCAUCAUCGCCUUCAAAGCAUGGAGAUGCUAUCUCGAAGGACGAAGAACAACCGUCUACACCGACCACUGCAGCCUGAAAUAUUUGAAGACACAACCCAACCUUUCCAGGCGGCAGGUCCGGUGGAUCGACUUCCUCGAGACACACUUCCACUACGACAUCGUGUACAAGCCUGGCCACAAGAACAAAGCAGACGCGCUCAGCCGGCCUGCACACUCCCAGCUGUAAAGACUUGAGACUUGGGGUAGUGCAGCGGAAGUUGAGGCAGUUGAACCCUUGUACUAGUAUGUGAGAAC